AAACCCACCAGGCGAAAACUGAGAAACUCCACAACACAAGCGGGUGAAACCCAUUUCUCGGUGUCGUUACUCGUCAGCGCCCUUCUAACACAGUCCACAUCUUUUGUUUUUCUUGUUCUUUAUCUCUUGAUCUCAAUAUUUUUUUUUAAAAAUUUUAGAUUAUAUUAUAGAUUUUUGUUUCAAAAAUGAGUUCUGAGCUUAUAUAUAGAGGCCAUGAGAGUCCUUCUGUGAAAGAUUCGUAUCAACCUAAACCAAUAAAACCAUGGUUCGUCGUGACCCGACCCAUCCGUUACAUGCUCCAGAAUCAGCGUCUGGUGUUUGUCCUCGUUGGCAUUGCUUUAGCCACUCUGUUUUUUACAGUCAUCCCGUCAUCUAGUAACCCUUACGCUCACAACCACCUUGCCAUCUCUGAUUCAUUGUCUUACCACCCAGUGGAGACACUCGAGAGAAUUUACAACCCGCGCGUCGGUUUCGGGUCGUUUAAUUCGGGCGGGAAGGUGCCCUUGGGGCUAAAACGAAAGGGUCUUAGAAUUGUCGUUACGGGUGGAGCCGGGUUUGUCGGUUCGCAUCUCGUGGAUCGUCUGAUCGCGAGGGGUGACAGUGUUAUCGUGGUUGAUAAUUUCUUCACGGGACGGAAGGAAAACGUGAUGCACCACUUUGGGAAUCCAAAUUUCGAGCUCAUCAGACACGACGUCGUCGAGCCUCUCUUGCUGGAGGUUGACCAGAUCUACCAUCUCGCUUGUCCCGCAUCACCUGUUCAUUACAAGUUCAAUCCCGUCAAGACUAUCAAGACGAAUGUGGUGGGAACAUUGAAUAUGCUUGGAUUGGCGAAGAGAGUUGGAGCGAGGUUUCUGUUAACUAGCACAAGUGAGGUGUACGGUGAUCCUCUUCAGCAUCCACAGAAGGAGACUUACUGGGGCAACGUUAAUCCCAUCGGUGUCCGAAGUUGUUACGAUGAGGGAAAGCGAACAGCUGAAACGUUGACUAUGGACUACCACCGUGGAGCUGGCGUCGAGGUUAGGAUUGCUAGGAUUUUCAACACUUACGGGCCUCGUAUGUGCAUUGAUGAUGGACGUGUUGUUAGCAAUUUUGUUGCCCAGGCUUUAAGGAAAGAGCCUUUGACUGUUUAUGGUGAUGGAAAGCAGACAAGGAGUUUCCAAUAUGUUUCUGAUUUGGUGGAGGGUCUGAUGCGCUUGAUGGAAGGAGAGCAUGUGGGGCCUUUUAAUCUUGGAAAUCCAGGUGAAUUCACCAUGCUUGAACUUGCUCAGGUGGUCCAGGAGACAAUUGACCCCAAUGCUAAGAUAGAGUUCAGACCUAACACUGAAGAUGAUCCACACAAGAGGAAGCCUGAUAUCUCUAAGGCUAAAGAGCAUCUUGGUUGGCAACCCAAGGUGUCCCUGAGGAAGGGUCUUCCUUUAAUGGUCCAAGAUUUUCGGCAACGAAUCUUUGGUGAUCAUAAGGAAGGUGGUGUAACCUCCUCCACCACAACAUCAUCAUCUUAAGUUGGCGUCCAUACAUUGAGAGUGACAGGAAAAUCAGAAAUGUUUAAUCCCAUAGGAUUCCCUUCUUUUCAUUCUCUUGAACAAUAGCAACAUCAACAGCAGCAGUAGUAGCAAAUGAGGCCUCUUGUUUCAAUUUAUAUAGGUUCAAAGUUUUCCUGAUUGGCAUGUGUUAUCUUUGUAAUUUUUAUGCUACUCGCCCUUCAAAGCUUAUUAGACAAUGAGAUUUGGGACUAAAUAAAUAACAUAUACUUUGUUGUUUGUUUUUA